AAAGCCAACAACAUCAAAAUAAAUUUUGGGAUGGAAGGAGUAUAUACCAAACCAGCAUGUCUUUUUUUUUCCCAAUCUUCAAACAAGCCACAACCAAUUUUGGCCAAAUGCCUAUAUUAUGCAUGGCGAUAUCCUAAAAUUAGCAAAGACUCGCAGCGUAAAGACGCCAUGCCCGCCUCCUCCCAAGAACCGAGCAGCUCGUCGACACCCAAACCCAAAAGAGAGGCGCGGCGCGGCGCGUCGUUGUCGUCGCGUCGAUCGAUCGCAUCAACCCAACCCUACCAAAUAUAAAUCGAUCGAUCCAUCGCCGCCCUCUACACGUACGCGCCAAUGGCGGCGUCGUCUUCGGUGCUCGUCGUCGUCGCCGCCUGCCUCGCGGCCGCCCUCGUCUGCCUCGCCGCCAACGUCGCGCCGGCGUCGUGCGCGCGCGCCACCGCCGCCCUGCCGCACGCCAGCAUCGCGGAGACUUGCAGCUUCGUCGACGACCACAAGCUGUGCGAGGAGUCGCUGUCGUCGCUGCCGCUGACGGCGAGGGCGGCGGCGGACGCGCGCGUGCUGGCGCGCGCCGCGGUGCUGCUGGCGAGGCAGAACGCGACGGCGACGGCGGCGUACCUGUCCCACCUCCACGCCGCCGCCGCCGCGGCAGCCGACGACGGCGACGACGCGGAUCACCGGUGCGUGGGCGACUGCACGGUCAGGUACGACAGGGCGGUGGCGUACCUCGGCGACGCGGCGGCGGCGCUGGACGCCGGCGAGUUCGACGAGGCGGAGCUGCUGGUCGGCGCCGGGCGGACGGAGGCGGAGCUGUGCCAGAAGGGGUGCGAGCACGCGCGGCUGCCGGCGCUGCUCGCCGCGCGCAACGGAGCCGUCGAGCGCCUCUGCAACGUCGCCAUGGACAUCACCAGGCUGCUUCAUCAGCAGCACUGAUCAGAUGAGAUGAGAUGAGUUUACUAUAGCCUGAAACGAGGAUUGGUUGCUAUCUGGAGUAGUUUUUUUUGUUUUAGCUGACCAUAUUAAUUCUCAAUUGGCAAUGUAAGUCAUGCGUCUUAUUUAUUAAUUCAGGUGCAAAAGCCCCAAAUAUUCUAUCAACCUCGGUCGAAUUAAUCAAAGAUCAUGAUCCGAAUUCUAUCAA